AUGUUCCUAUUAAUGCGACCUUUCCUCCACCUGCUACAGCUGGCGCCACUGGUUGGCCUGGCCUUUGCGGCAUCGUCCGGCAACAAGCAGCAGCCCCUGCUGCCGAACAACGACAACAAGACCGACGGGCCUUCGCCGAUCGUCUCCGUCGAACUCUUCCGGAACCUCGAGCGCACAUCGCGCAUCGUCGACAUAGCCUACUGCGUCGGUACCUCGGGCAUAUCGCAGCCCUUCUCAUGCGUGUCACGAUGCAAGGAGUUUCCCUCGUUCAUCCUCGUCUCGACAUGGAAUACGGGGGUCCUGCUGAGCGACAGCUGCGGUUACAUCGCCGUGGACCACGGCGUGCGGAGGCCAGGGGAUGAGGACAGAUUCAAUGGCGACGUCGGAGAGAAAGCCAUCAUUGUCGCGUUUCGUGGCACCUACAGCAUCUCAAAUACCAUUAUCGAUCUGAGCACGAUACCGCAGGAGUACGUGCCUUAUCCUGCUCCCGAUGACGGCGGCGAGGCGCCUGAGGAACCCAAGCAUAAGUGCAAGGACUGCACCGUCCAUAUGGGGUUUUUGGCUUCGUGGCGCCAGGCGCGGAAGCUGGUGAUUCCCGAAGUGGCCAAGUUGAGGGAGCAAUAUCCUGACUAUCCGAUUCAUCUGGUCGGCCACAGUCUCGGCGGCGCGGUUGCGAUGCUCGCGUCCCUCGAGCUGAAGGUGUCGCUGGGCUGGAACAACAUUCUCGUCACCACGUUUGGCGAGCCCAAGGUCGGAAAUCAAGGACUCUGCGACUAUGUCGACGAAGUCUUCGGGCUGGACAACGAGGAAUAUAAGACCUUUGCAAAGCGUUCCUACCGCCGCGUUACCCACGCCGACGACCCGGUGCCGCUGCUCCCGCUCACCGAGUGGGGCUACAAGCCGCAUGCCGGCGAAUAUUACAUUACCAAGACGGAGCUGUCGCCGUCGCUCGAAGACGUCAUCGUCUGCCGCGGCGACAACGAUGCGCGCUGCAUCACGAAGGGGGACGGCGGCUUCUUCGAGACCAACGUGCAACACACGGCGGUGGACGAGGUUGCAGGGUCGAUGGACAGGGUCGGCGAAAGCAAGUGGACAGAUGGGCUGCCGGGCUUUCCGGCUCGACUCAAGCUUUGGCAGCUGCUCUUCGCCCACAGGGAUUACUUCUGGAGACUCGGACUUUGUGUGCCUGGGGGUGACCCGGCGAAUUGGGGGAGGGACAAGUAUGGCGGACGUGAGGGUGUAAUAGCAGAUGAGCUUUGA